AUGAAUAUCAUAAGCGCAUAUGCGCCGCAAGUGGGAUGCUCAAACCAUGAGAAACAAAUAUUCUGGGAGGAAUUUAACGAUCUUUUACAAUCCAUACCCCCGAACGAAACAAAAUACAUAGGAGGAGACCUGAACGGCCACGUCGGAAACACCUCAACUUCCUACCGUAGAGUGCACGGCAACUUCGGGAUAGGCCAGAUGAAUGCGGAAGGUGAGAACAUACUGCAGUUUGCAAUAACACAUGACCUUGCUAUUGUUAAUACCUUUUUUGCCAAGCCACUAAAUCAUCUCAUAACCUACAAAAGUGGAGGUGCUAGUACCCAAAUAGAUUACAUCUUAGCUGAUCGUCCCCGGCUGAAAACCUUCAAGGACUGCAAGGUGAUCCCGGGCGAGCCACUAACCUCACAGCAUCGUAUUCUUGUUGCUGAGUUUACAAUGCCUAAACCUGUUAAGGUUGUCAAAGAUAAGGUCACCAAUAUACGUUGGCAUAAACUGGACAGGCAAGAGGGUAAUUAUCUAACGGAAGACAUCACUAUCCAUCUAAAAGAAAUGCAAAAACUAGACUCGACGAACGCAAAAUGGGACCAUUUUCGGAAGCUAUGCACUGAAAGAGCCAUUCAUCAUCUAGGCAUGUCCAAGGGUCCCAUUCACGACAAAAAAGACACUAAGUGGUGGCAAGGAGAUGUCAAACAAAAAAUCGAUCAAAAGAAAAUCUUUUUCAAAAUCUGGCAACAUAGCAAGGACGAUAAAGAUCUUGACUUGUACAAAGUAGCAAAAAAGGAAGCAAAACGAGCAGUUGCGCAAGCCAGAGCAUCAUCAAGGGACGAUUUCUAUACCAAACUCGAAGCAGCCAUAACUGAUAAAGAGAUCUUCCAAAUCGCUAAGCAAAGGCAUAACAACUCAAAAGAUACCAAAACCAUCAAAUACAUUAAAGACAAAAGUGGCCGACUACUAACUUCGAAUAAGGAAAUACAAGAGAGGUGGAAGGAGUAUUACUCGAAUUUACUCAACGAAACCUAUCCUUGUAAACCACUACCAGAAAUCCCCUGUGUACAAGGGCCAAUACCGAGCAUCAGCAAAGAAGAAGUCGAGACCGCUAUAAAAAAGAUGGCCAAUCACAAAGCUACUGGGCCUGACGAAAUUCCAGCGGAACUGUUGAAAAGGCUUGGCGAUGAAGGAGUUUCUUUUCUGACGGAUUUGUUUAAUGGUAUUCUGACAGAUGGUAUUCCGGACAAAUGGAGGCGUAGCUACUUGGUACCGUUUUUCAAAAACAAAGGUGAUCUGAGAGACUGUGGGAACUACAGAGCAAUAAAGCUAAUACCACACUCUUUCAAAAUUUGGGAACGCGUUAUAAGCAAAAGACUUAGCCAGUUGACCAAUAUCAGUGAGAACCAAUGUGGUUUUGUAGCCGGAAAGUCCACUACUGAUGCUCUCCACACACUCAGGUUACUGAUUGAAAAUUACAGAGAUAACAAAGCCGACCUCCACAUGGUAUUCAUCGAUCUGGAGAAAGCUUUCGACCGCGUGCCCAGAAAACUCAUUUGGCAUUCACUACGCGCCAAAAAUGUUCCAGAAUACUAUAUUUCUAUAGUGAUGGACAUGUACAAAGACGUGAAGUCAACCAUCCGAAGUCCUGCUGGCAAUAGGAUGAAUUCCAUGUGGGGGUGGGUGUCCACCAGGGAUCAGCUCUCAGCCCGUUAUUAUUCAAUUUGGUGA